AUGGAGUAUAAACAGCCGAUCGUGGCUGCCGAAUACGGCAGCGGAGAAACCGAAGAGCACCGUCAAUUGAGACGCGUCGCCUUCUUCGCCAUCGUCGUCUCCACCGCCGCUGUGAUCGCUUCGAUCGUCACGCUCCCACUCCUGUACAGCUAUGUGGCAAACUUCCAGAGCCACCUGAUCAUCGAAACCGACUUCUGCAAGGGUCGCGCCCGUGACAUGUGGACCGAAAUGUCCAUCCUCCACAAGCAAGGCCUCGGCUCCGUCCGUGCCAAGCGUCAGUACAGCGGUGCCGGCGGCCCAAGCGGCGGACCAAGCGGCGGAUCCUCGCCAAACAACGGCUACGGACCAGUCAUUGCUGCUGAAGCCCCACCAGCUUGCUGUCCAUGCCAACAAGGCCCACCUGGACCACCAGGCCCACCUGGAGAUGCCGGAGACGCCGGACAAGAUGGACGUGACGGUCAAGACGGUUUGGAGGGACGCGAUGGUCAAAUCCUCAAGAGCGCCAUCCCACAAGAGCCAUGCAUCAUCUGCCCACCUGGCCCACCAGGAAGCCAAGGAUCCCCAGGACAAAAGGGACCACGCGGACCAAAGGGAGCUCCAGGAGACAAUGGAAAGGACGGCAACAAGGGUGAAGCCGGUCUUCAAGGCCCACUUGGUCUCCAAGGCCCAGUCGGACCACCAGGUCCAGCCGGACCAGUCGGUGCUCCAGGUCGCCUCGUCCAGGUCAACGGCCCAGCCGGACCGCAAGGAGAACAAGGACCACCAGGUCAACCCGGUCCAAAGGGUAUCCCAGGCCAAGACGGUACCAACUCCGUUGGACCAAGCGGUGCUCCAGGAGCUCCAGGAAACGCCGGACCACAAGGAAACCCAGGCCCAGCUGGACCACCCGGAUCAUCCGGCGAAUCUGGAGAACAAGGCAGCUGUACCCACUGUCCUCCACCACGUACCCCACCAGGCUACUAA